CGGGCCUCCGGAGUAGCGGCGGGGCCGGAGAGGCACAGCAGAGGGGACAAGACCAGGGUAGGAGGGAACCGGCCGGCUGGGAGAGACCCGCACACCAUCAAGAUGCUGUCCUGGCGGCUGCAAACGGGCUCCGAGAAGGCCGAGCUGCAGGAGCUCAACGUCCGGCUGUACGACUACGUGUGCCGGGUACGGGAGCUGGAGCGCGAAAACCUGCUCCUGGAGGAGGAGCUGCGCGGCCGGCGUGGGUACGAGGGCCUGUGGGCCGAGGCGCAAGCCCGCUUCGCCAAGGAGGCGCGCAGCCUGCGGCAGCAGCUAGACGAACUGAGCUGGGCCACAGCGCUGGCCGAGGGCGAGCGCGACGCGCUGCGGCGCGAGCUGCAGGAGCUGCAGCUGCUGGGCGAGGAGGCACGCGCAGCCCGCGGCCGCCUGGACGCCGAGCUGGACGCGCAGCGGUGGGAGCUGCAGGAGGAGUUGGGCGCGCGCGCCGCCCUCGAGGCGUUGCUGGGCUCGCUGCAGGCCGAGCGCCGCGGCCUAGACGAAGCCCACGAACGCGACCUGCGGGAGCUGCGCGCGCGCGUCGCCGGCCUGACCCUGCGCUACCGCGCCCGCGCUGGCGGCCCCACCGCGCCCCCGCCGCGCAUGCGGGAGGUCCACAACGGCUACGCGCUGCUUGUGGCCGAGUCGUGGCGGGAGACUGUGCAGCUGUACGAGGGCGAGGUGCGCGAGCUGGAGGAGGCGCUGCGGCGCGGCCAGGAGAGCCGGCGCGAGGCCGAGGAGGAGACGCGGCUGUACGCGCAGGAGGCGGAGGCGCUGCGGCGUGAGGCGCUCGAGAUGGAGCAGCUGCGGGGGCUGCUGGAGGAUGAGCUGCUGUGGGUGCGCGAGGCGUACGAGCUGCGGGCAGAGGAGCGGCAGAGAAAGGUCGCCUGCCUGGAGGAUGAGAAGGCAGCCCUUACCUUGGCCAUGGCUGACCGGCUGCGGGACUAUCAGGAGCUCGUGCAGGUGAAGACUGACCUCAGUCUGGAGGUGGCAACCUACAGAGCCUUACUGGAAGGAGAAAGUAAUCCGGAGAUACAGAUCUUGACUGAGCGCAUUGAAAAUGUGCCACAAGAAUUCAGAAACAAGUCCUAUCAAUAUACCACCUCAGUAUUACAGAGGGAAAAUGAAAGAAAUCUGUUUCCAAGGCAGAAAGCACAUUCGGCGAGCUUCAAUCACAGCCUGGCGCCACGUUCUCAGACGGCUGUUAGAAACGCUGCCAGAAGAGACUUCCUGGGCUCCAGAUACUCUUCCUUUAUCACUACCCCGCAGGAAAACUCUUAUGAAAAAACUGCCAGCAGUCAAACCAACUUCAGAACUUUCUCUCCAACCCCUGGUCUUUUAAGAAAUACUGAAGCUCAAGUGAAAACAUUCCCUGAUAGACCAAAAACCGAAGGUAUAAAGGGCUCCCCCACUAAUUUAGCCAAAGAGUCCGCCGUUGCCCAAGAGUCCUACCAAGAAUGCCGGGACAAUGUGGCGGCAGGUGCUUCCGAGAGCACUUGGUCAAAUGAGAGGACCAUCAUUUUGGGAAAGAAAAUGGAAGCUAAAGCCACAAGGGAGCAGGAGAGAAACAGACCGGGAACCAUCCAAACAAAGCGAGAAGAGAAAAUGUUUGAUUCUAAAGAGAAGGCUUCAGAGGAGAGAAACUUAAGGUGGGAAGAACUUACAAAGUUAGAUAAAGAAGCAAGAAAGAGAGAAAGCCAGCAAAUGAAGGAAAAGGCAAAGGAGGAGUCACUGGAGAAAAGUGUGAGGGAGAGAGAGAUACCGAUCAGUCUAGAAGUAUCCCAGGACAGCACAGCAGAGGCGGUCCCCCAAGGUCUCCAGACACCCCUAAAGAAGGAUGCUGGUGAUGGAACACAUAGAGGGGUGGAAACGAGAGAGGCAGGGCUCAGGCUGGGCACCAGCGACACUGCAGGCUCUCUGAAAGGUAAUUCCAUGACUGAAACCAUAGCUGAGAACAUCGUUUCCAGUAUCCUGAAGCAGUUUACCCACUCUCCUGAGACAGAAGCAUCUGCUGAUUCUUUUCCAGACACAAAAGUCACUUACGUGGACAGGAAAGAGCUUCCCGGUGACAGGCAAACAAAGACUGAGUUAGUCGUGGAGUCAAAACUGACUGAAGAGGUCGACAUUUCAGAUGAAGCUGGCCUGGACUACCUGUUAAGCAAGGAUGCUAAGGAGGUGAAGCUGAAAGGAAAAUCAGCUGAGCAUUUGAUCGGAGAUAUAAUCAAUCUUGGUCUGAAGGGGAGAGAGGGGAGAGCAAAGGUUGUCAACGUGGAGAUCAUCGAAGAGCCCGUGAGCUAUGUCAGUGGCGAGAAAGCGGAUGAGUUUUCUACACCAUUCGAAGUGGAGGAGGUCGAUGACGUGUCUUCGGGCUCCAAGGGGCUUGUUGUUGAGGAGGAAGUUUACAGAGAAACAGAUACCACGUGCUCAGCGAAUGAAGGUCAAAAGACCAGGCAGCCCCAAGAGAACAUAACUCACUUUGAAGAAGUGACGGAGGCAGGUGACUUGGAGGGAGAGCAGAGUUAUUUGGUGUCGACUCCGGACGAAUACCCUGGUGGCCACGAGAGAGUUGAAGGCUCUGUGUACGGGCAGAUCCACAUCGAGGAGGAAUCCACCAUCAGGUACUCCUGGCAAGAUGAAAUUGUGCCAGGUUCUCGGAGAAGAAUGGAGGGGGACGAUGCAUUGGGAGAGAAGGUUGUGAAGCCACUGGAUGUUCCAGAAGCAUCCCUGGAGGGGGACAUGGGUUCUACUCACUGGAAAGGACAAGCGAGAAGUGGUGAAUUUCAUGCUGAACCCAUAGUCAUUGAAAAGGAAAUUAAAAUACCACAUGAACUCCACACAUCCAUUAAGGGAGGCUUCAAGGAGCCCAGGCACCAGCUGGUGGAAGUGAUUGAGCAGCUGGAGGAGAGCCUUCCGGAGCGCAUGAAGGAAGAGCUGUCCGCCUUCACCGGAGAGGGUCAGGGCGGGCCUGGGGGUGUUUCCGUUGAUGUAAAGAAAGUCCAGACCGCGGGUGGCGGGGCUGUGACCUUAGUGGCCGAAGUCAACCUCUCGCAGACGGUGGAUGCCGAUCAGUUAGACCUGGAGGAGCUGAGCAGGGAUGAAGCGGGUGAGAUCGAGAAGGCCGUGGAGUCGGUGGUACGAGACGGCCUGGCUAGGCGGCACAGCCCUGCCCCUGGCAGCCCAGAUGGGGAGGCCAGAGUGGAGGCCCCGGCUGCCAGCCACGGCUUCAAGCGCUGGGCCACCCAGGAGCUGUACAGCCCCUCUGGUGAGGAGGCCGACGCCGGCCGGGCCUCUCCCCGCACGGAGUUGGUCACUUCCCAGGGCCCCAUGUCGGCCACCGUGGAAGUCACCAGCCCAAGGGGCUUUGCCCAGUCACAUGUGCUGGAGGACGUCAGUCAGUCUGUGAGGCACGUUCAAAGAGAGCCCCCUGGAACUUGGAGGACUGAGCAAGUCUCACCCAAAGGACCCGCCGCCCAGGUGGUGGAGGUAAGUGGGGAAGGUGACCUGAGUUGGGCAGCAAGCUCGGCGGGAGCCAGCUUGUCUGCAAGGCAUCUUACGUUGGGUCCCGAUCAAAGUCAAUUGUCCAAAGAAGUCUUCUUCCCAGGGCCUGACCCUCCCUGUCCGGGGGCCGGGGACUCAGAAGAGCCUGGCCCGGCAGAGCUUUCCACAGAUCCUGACAGAUCGGGGAGGCACAGCCCAUUUGGCUCCCAACAAUUUCAUUCUAAGAGGGAAAUUAUUUUUCAGGCUCCCGCUUCUGAGGCAGGGAAGGUUGGUGAUUAUUUUUCAACAGAAGAGUCAGCGGGUACCCAGACUUCUGUGAAGCACCUUCAGUUAGGCCCCAGGGAGGGGUUCAGUGAGCAGAUCCAGCUCACAGCCCCCCUUUCAGACAGAAUGGAGUUGGGUGUCAGAGAAGCUUCUGUGCACACGGAAGCGUGGUCAGGGAAUGGCACAUCCAUCAGGCACAUCAAGACCGUGCCUCAGAGGCAUCAAGGCACCGAGCAGAUAGUUCCCCCACCCUCGGAAUUUAGCGACUCAGAAAGCAAAGCCCACAGAGAGGGCUCGGCAGAUGUGACCCAGGCCACCAGUAGUUACACUGUGGGUAGGAAAAUCCUGAUGACUGAAAAGAGCACCUUCCAAAGGGCCGUUUCUGAAUCGCCUCAGGAGCCUAGUUCAGGAGACACGUCAGGGGCAGAAGCGACAUCAGGUGUGAGCAGAUCCUUUAGGCAUAUUCAGCUGGGUCCUGCAGAAACCAACACCUCUGCACACGUUGUCUUCCAUGGACCCAUUUCCAAAACAUUUGCACUUGCUGGUUCGGUGGACUCCCCUGAGGUAGGCGAGGUCGCAGACAGUGGCAGAACACUGAGGCAUGUUGCCCUGGGGCCCAAAGAAACUUCGUUUACCUUUCAGAUGGACGUGAGUAACGUAGAGACGACCCCCCGCUGGACCCAAGAGGCCACAGUCCUCUUCCCCGCAGGGACGGAAGCAGAAGCUCAUAGUGUGUCUGACCGUGAUGCUUGGAGAGAUGCCAGCAGUAGGAAUGACCUGGCAGCUGGCGUGAGCUUUCAGGGCUCUGCUGGGGACAGACACCAGGCCCCUGGGGAAAAGGGCAAGGAGCAGGCUGAGUUUGAUAAGAUGGUGCAGCUGCAGAGGAUGGUAGACCAAAGGUCAGUGAUUUCAGAUGAAAAGAAGGUUGCCCUCCUCUAUCUAGACAAUCAGGAGGAGGAGAAUGAGGGACACUGGUUUUGAUAAACAUAUUUUGUUUUAAAUGCCAUCUUACUUGGUAACAUACCGACACACAAAGGCCUUUACUUACUUUAGGGGAGGGAGGCGCGCUCUUUAUUAAAACCUCCCCCCUUUUUUACUUUCUUUAAAGAGUGCUCCAGGCAAUGUCGAUUUACUUGAUAAUCCGUAAAGAUUUCAAACUAAUUCAUGCCUUAAAAGGCUUUGGAAUUUUAUUGAGUUGGAACUUUGACAAAAAUAUUUUUUAUCUUUUUAGUCUUAAAAGUUCCUUGUUCUGGAGUUUUCUUUCUACUCUACCAUUCUUGCACCAGGUCACAGAAAUGCCUCACAUCUGUUUGAAACUAUAUCUAGGUAAGAUGCCUAAAUGGUAAUGAGAUUAAAGUAAUA